AUGGCAGAGGAAGAAGAAGGGAUGGAGGCGUUCGAUUUUGAUGAACGAGAUCUUGAAUUUGCGUUGAAUCCCGGUCGACGCCAUUAUCAAACCAAGAACCAGGCAACAUAUGGUAUCUGGGCGGAUCGGGAAAGCGAUGAGGAGGAGGCAUACGACAGGCCUUCAUUUGGGAAAAAGUCGAGGAAGGACUACUCAGCUCCGAUAAGUUUCGUAAGUGGAGGUAUAAAACAGGGGAGCAGUUUGGAUCCUCCGGAUAAGGUAAAAGAGGUGAAGGAGAAUGUGAGAGAUGACACUCCAAUAGAAAUAAUAUCAAGAAGAGAUAGAAAGAAGCAAAAGUCGGUUGGCGCCAACGUUUUUGCCGGUGAGGAGAUGGAAGCUUCACCUUUGUUUCAGUCGUUUGCUAACCGGCCUUUUUUCUUAUAG